AUGCAGGGAAUCUUCACGCUCGCGCUGCUGCUGCUGAACGGCUGGCUGGGCCACGCCGAGGCGGUGGACGGCCCUCGCUUCAUGGGCGGCGCUGUCGUCGAGAACGCCAACAACUGCAACGGCAACGACUGCACCACCGCGCCCGUGGUGCACACGCUGCUGGCGCACGCAGACAAGGACAAGGAUAACUGA